AUGGUUUAUUUUUUUUUUAAACAAAUUAAAAUGUCGGAAUUAGUUUGGGGUAUAAAAAAUGGCGAUUUGGAUCAAGUAAAAGAUAUUGUUGAAAAAUCUGCAGUUGAUGUGAAUAAAGAAAUUGAUGGUAGAAAUCCAAUACAUUAUGCAGCUGAUUAUGGUCAAUAUGACGUUAUUAAUUAUUUAAUAUCGAAAGGAGCCGAUGUUAAUGCUAAAGACAAACAUGGUAUAACAGUUUUAUUAGCUGCCAUUUGGGAAGGUCAUACAAAUUGUGUUAAAUUAUUAAUUGAAAAAGGAGCCGAAAAAUGUGGGAAAUCGCCAUAUGGUGUCACUUACAUAGAAGCAGCAGAUAAAGAAGAAAUAAAACAAUUAUUACAAGAUUAG